ACGAAAUUACGAAGUAACCAAAAAAAAAAUAAAAAUCAACACACGGAAUUGUAAGAAAUAAAAACUUGAUUGACAGAGUGAGUUGAAUCUUUUUAUGGUUUGAUAAAACAGAUAAAUCAUACUGAUCUGUUUUUAUAAUAAUAAUAAAAAAAAGAAGAAGAAGAAGAAGAAGAUGGAGAUCGAUAAAGCAGUGAGAGAAAGCGAAGAUGGAAGGCUGAAGAUCAAAUAUAACAACGCCAUUUACGUUAUUCAACGAGCUCUUUCCCUCUACUCUAUCGAAGAGGUUGCAUUCAGCUUUAAUGGAGGAAAGGAUUCAACUGUUUUGUUCCACCUGCUUAGGGCAGGAUAUUUUCUGCAUAAUGGGCAUUCAAAUGGGGAUCUACCUGAUGCUGAGUUUACGUUUCCAAUAAGGACAAUAUAUUUUGAAACCUCUUCUGUCUUCCCUGAAAUCAAUUCAUUCACUUAUGAAACAGCUGCUAGUUAUGGUGUGCAGUUAGAUAUCCUUCGUGAAGAUUUUAAGUCUGGUUUGGAGGCACUUUUAAAGUCGAAACCGAUCAGGGCUAUUUUUCUUGGUGUUCGAAUUGGAGAUCCCACUGCCGUUGGUCAGGAACAAUUCUCUCCUAGCUCACCUGGAUGGCCACCUUUCAUGAGAGUGAAUCCAAUCCUGGACUGGUCAUACAGGGAUGUAUGGGCUUUUCUGUUGGCGUGCAAGGUUCAAUACUGUGGUCUCUAUGAUCAAGGUUACACAUCAAUUGGAAGUAUUAAUGACACCGUUCCAAAUGCACUACUAUCUAUCAAUGAUUCUCCAAUUGGCGAAAAAAGGUUCAAGCCCGCAUAUAUGCUUUCUGAUGGUAGAUCGGAAAGAGCAGGCAGAGCAAGAAAAAUAUCUACUGCUGCUACCUGCAAUGGCCAGAAAUGUUUGUUACCACAUCAGAGCAAUGCCCUCACAGCCUCCAUUGUAGCUGUGGGUGAUGAAAUUCUUUCUGGAAUAGUUGAGGAUAAAUUGGGACCUUUAUUGUGUAAAAAGCUUCAUUCAUUAGGUUGGGUGGUUUCACAAGUUGCUACUGUGCAGAAUGAGUUAGAUUCUGUAGCUGAAGAAGUUAUAAGGUGGAAGUCUAAGAGUGACUUGGUGUUCAUAUAUGGAGGGGUUGGCCCGUUACAUUCAGAUGUUACUUCUGGAGGGGUUGCGAAAGCAUUUGGUGUUCGUUUGGCUCCAGAUGAAGAAUACGAAGAAUAUCUCAGCCACCUGUUUGGUGAUAAGUGCACUGGCGAACGGAACAAGAUGGCCCAACUGCCUGAAGGCAUUACAGAAUUGUUGCAACAUGAAAAGCUUCCAGUACCAUUGAUCAAGUGUCAUAAUGUGAUCGUUCUUACUGCAACAAAUGUUGAUGAGCUGGACCAGCAAUGGGAUGCUUUGGUUGAUUUAAGGUCUACUAAUCUCCUAGCAUCAACGGGACCAUUUUAUUCAAAGCAUUUGACGACCUCCCUCUCCGAUUUAGAAGUUGCUCAGCCUUUAUCCAAGAUUUCUUUCGAAUUUCCAGAUAUCUACACUGGGUGCUAUCGUAAAUCCAGAGCUGGGCCUCUCGUUAUAACCCUUGAAGGGAAGGAUCAAGAAACAGUAGAAGCAGCCAUAGAAUCGCUUUCCAAGAAGUUAUCAUCUGGUGUGAAACAAGUUUCUGUUUAAGGGCUCAUUUCAUCAUAAAUGGCUUAAUGAUUGAACACUUUAAUUCAUGUGUCGAGACUCGAGAUGAUGAAGUGAUGCCGUAAGCCAGCAUUUUGUCUUGAGAGUUGUGACGACACGAAGAAGCUAACAAUUAGAUAUAUGGUUGGGGAGAGACCAACUGACUUUUGUUAUCAGGAUGUAUAUAUAGACAAAUGUAUAGCAUCACUGAAUGGCAGUUGGUUAUUGGAGGGGUUGUACUUCACAUUCUGUUUUUUUUGGAUAACUUUGACUAGAGUUGCCAAUCAACGGUUGCAUAUUCAUAUUUAUCUAUAUACUAUACCCGGGGCUUAAAUAUCA